AUGGCAAGACCCAAAUUAAGACAAGAUGCUAAUAGCAGAUCAUCAUCUGCUUUUCGCGCAACCAACGUCUUCACCAAAGCCAGAGGAGGAGAGCUAAACCUCAUCCUUCUUCUGCUUCCCAUCCCAACUCUCCCAAGUUCUUGGGCACUUCCCAAACUUCCAAGUUUGAUUCAAUCUUCAAUGGGAUUAGUUCUUAUCGAUCUAGAUAAACCACUGUUGGAUCCUGAGAAUUUCAAUAGAGAAGGUGUCGAUUUGGAACGCUUACCAUUGGAAGAAGUUUUCGAACAACUGAGAACAUCACCGCAAGGACUUACAUCCGAAGAUGCUGAAGCCAGAUUGAAGAUUUUUGGCUUUAACAAGCUUGAAGAGAAGACGGAGAACAAAUUUUUGAAGUUUCUUAGUUUCAUGUGGAACCCCUUGUCAUGGGUUAUGGAAGCUGCAGCAGUGAUGGCACUUGUCCUUGCUAAUGGUGGAGGCGAGGGUCCUGACUGGCAGGACUUUGUGGGGAUUAUUAUCCUGUUAAUAAUCAAUUCAACAAUUAGUUUCAUAGAGGAGAACAAUGCAGGGAAUGCUGCAUCGGCUCUUAUGGCUCGUUUGGCUCCGAAGACAAGGGUUCUCAGAGAUGGGCGCUGGCAAGAGCAAGAUGCAGCUAUUUUGGUACCAGGAGAUAUAAUCAGCAUAAAGCUUGGGGAUAUCAUUCCAGCUGAUGCUCGCCUACUUGAAGGAGACCCUUUAAAAAUUGACCAGGCAACUCUUACAGGAGAGUCUCUACCUGUCACCAAGAGGACAGGAGAUGAAGUAUUUUCUGGUUCAACAUGUAAGCAGGGAGAGAUUGAAGCUGUAGUGAUAGCAACUGGGGUUCACUCCUUUUUCGGAAAAGCAGCACAUUUAGUUGACUCCACAGAGGUUGUUGGACAUUUCCAGCAGGUCCUUACUGCGAUUGGGAACUUCUGCAUUUGCUCUAUAGCUGUGGGAAUGAUUCUUGAAAUCAUUGUCAUGUUCCCCAUACAGCACCGCUCUUACAGGGAUGGGAUCAACAAUCUUCUUGUUCUCUUAAUUGGAGGAAUACCGAUUGCUAUGCCAACAGUGUUAUCUGUGACACUUGCAAUUGGUUCUCAUAGACUCUCUCAACAGGGUGCCAUUACAAAAAGGAUGACAGCAAUUGAAGAAAUGGCGGGAAUGGAUGUCCUCUGCAGUGACAAAACUGGAACUCUCACCCUUAAUCGCCUCACUGUUGAUCGAAAUCUAGUCGAGGUUUUCAACAAAGACAUAGACAAGGAUGCGGUUAUCUUGUUUGCAGCCAGAGCAGCAAGACUAGAGAAUCAGGAUGCUAUUGAUGCAGCCAUUGUCAAUAUGCUUGCUGAUCCGAAGGAGGCAAGAGCAAAUAUCACAGAAGUGCAUUUUCUACCUUUCAAUCCAGUGGACAAGCGUACUGCAAUUACAUACAUUGAUGCUGAUGGUAAGUGGUAUCGGGCCAGCAAAGGAGCUCCAGAACAGAUUCUAGAUCUAUGCCCCGAGAAAGAUGAGAUUGCUGGAAGAGUGCAUAACAUUAUUGACAAAUUUGCUGAAAGGGGAUUGAGGUCUCUUGGAGUUGCUUAUCAGGAAGUUCCAGAAAAAACUAAAGAAAGCCCUGGAGGUCCUUGGACAUUUUGUGGGUUGUUGCCCUUGUUUGAUCCUCCAAGGCAUGAUAGUGCUGAGACCAUUCGAAGAGCACUUAACCUUGGAGUCUGUGUGAAGAUGAUUACAGGUGAUCAGUUGGCAAUUGCAAAGGAGACAGGGCGACGACUUGGGAUGGGAACAAACAUGUACCCUUCCUCUUCAUUGUUGGGCCGUGACCGUGACAAAGAAGAACACGAAGCUCUUCCAGUGGAUGAGUUGAUUGAGAAGGCUGAUGGCUUUGCUGGAGUCUUCCCUGAACACAAGUACGAAAUCGUAAAAAUUUUACAAGAAAAGAAGCAUGUGGUUGGAAUGACCGGAGAUGGUGUUAACGAUGCUCCUGCUUUAAAGAAAGCAGACAUUGGUAUAGCAGUGGCAGAUGCCACAGAUGCUGCAAGAAGUGCUUCUGACAUAGUCUUAACUGAGCCUGGCUUAAGUGUGAUUGUCAGUGCUGUUCUGACCAGUAGAGCUAUAUUCCAAAGAAUGAAGAAUUAUACAAUAUAUGCUGUCUCUAUAACCAUAAGGAUAGUGCUUGGUUUCGUGCUUCUUGCGUUGAUAUGGGAAUAUGACUUCCCACCUUUCAUGGUUCUGAUUAUAGCAAUACUCAAUGAUGGAACCAUCAUGACGAUUUCCCAGGAUCGUGUAAAGCCCUCUCCAAAGCCUGACAGUUGGAAGCUUAAUGAGAUAUUUGCAACUGGCAUUGUUAUUGGCACAUAUCUUGCUUUGGUAACUGUAUUAUUUUACUGGGUUGUAGUCGGCACCGACUUCUUUGAGACCACCUUCCAUGUAAGAGAUUUAUCCAGCAGCGAGGAAAUUUCAUCUGCUAUAUAUCUGCAAGUUAGCAUCAUUAGCCAGGCUCUCAUAUUUGUUACAAGAAGUCAGGGAUGGUCAUUUCUUGAGAGGCCUGGAACUCUCUUGAUGUGCGCAUUUGUGCUGGCUCAACUGGUGGCUACUUUGAUUGCUGUAUAUGCAAAGAUCAGCUUUGCUUAUAUCAGUGGCAUUGGAUGGGGAUGGGCUGGUGUCAUAUGGUUGUACAGUUUGAUUUUCUACAUUCCCCUGGAUAUCAUCAAAUUUGCAAUUCGCUACGGCUUGAGUGGAGAUGCCUGGAAUCUAUUGUUUGACAGGAAGACGGCUUUCACUUCUAAGAAAGAUUAUGGGAAGGAAGAUAGGGCAGCCAAGUGGGUACUUUCUCAGAGAAGUUUACAAGGGUUGGCAGACAUGGAGAUCAAUAAGACCGGCAAGCGAUCUUCUUUGAUCGCAGAACAGGCCAGGCGGCGUGCUGAAAUAGCCAGGCUGGGAGAGAUACACACUCUGAGAGGACAUGUAGAAUCUGUAGUGAGGCUCAAGAAUCUGGACUUAAGUGUUAUUCAAUCAGCCCAUACUGUCUGA